AUGAAUAAUAAUUGUGACAAUGAUUUUCAAAAAAGUUUUUCAUGGAGAAGAAAAGUUAUAAUUAAUGGAGUUGAUGCUUAUGAUAUAUUGUCAUUAAAAACAUCAUCAGACAUAUCAAGAAAAUCAUGGACAGAAAUGCUUCAUGGACUUGAAUUUAUUGUUAUGAUAAAAACCAAAAAAUUUAAAAUAAUUUGGUUAAUAUUUCUUAUUAUAGCAGUUUUUGUAUCAAUUUAUUUAACUAUUAUAACAAUAAAUGAAUUUUUUGAAAAUAAAACUGUUACAUUAAAUACAAUUAGAAGAAAAGAAAAAAUUUUAUAUCAUGGUAUAAAUAUAUGUCCUAAAUUUUCAGAUACUUUUAAUUAUGUAAAUAUUAAAAAAAAAAUUCAAAACAUUAGAAAUGAUUUGGAUGACAAGACUAUAAAUGAUUUAAUUAUUUAUACGGUAACUGGAGGUGGAUUUGAUAAUUAUAAUAAAUUUGCCAAAAAUUUUCAUAGUAAUGAAUUAGAUAAUCUUGAUAAUAUAUUACAAGAUAUUAUAAAUUAUUUUGGUAAUUUAAAAAAUUUUUAUUUAUACAUUUUUGAUGAAGAAAAUUUUACUUGUAAAGAUUUUUUUGAAGAAUGUCUAUCUGGAGAUAAAGUACUUGACUGUUGUGAAUUAUUUCAACCAACAUUUAUAUUAAUGCGUGGUAAAUGUUAUCAAUUAAAAAAUUUUUACCAACAUGCUCCUGAUGAAGUUAGUAAAUUAAGAUUAGUUCUUAAAACUUUACCAAGUAUAUUUUUAAAAAAUAAUAACACUCAAGAACAAAUUGUUUUAUAUAAUAAUCCUAAAAGUGGAAGUUUAACAUUAUUUCCAAGAUUUUAUGUUAGUUCUAGAGAUUGGAAUAGAUUUAGAUUUACUAAAAAAAUUUAUAAAUUACUUUAUCUUCAUGAUAAAUGUAAUAAUGAUAAAAAUUAUGAAGGAAUAUAUGUAUGUUAUAGUAAUAAAUGGAUAAGACAAAAAUUACAUGAAAAAUUUAAUUGUACAUUUUUUUAUUUAAUGAAUAAUAAAACAAAUUUACCAUUAUGUUCACCAAAAAUUAUUAUUAAAAAUUAUGAAGAAAUAAUGACAUAUACAUUAACAGAAAAUAAUUGUAAUCAGGCAUGUACAAGAGAAGAAGUUAUAACAGACCUUAUUACAAGACCAUAUAGUUAUACUUUAGCUGGUAUUAAAAAUAUUGAUGCAUCUAAAAUUCAUAUUGAAAUGAGUUAUGAAAAAUUACAAGAAUAUAUUUAUGAAGAUGUAUUAAUUACAACUGCCUCUAGAUUUAUUUCUGAAUUAGGUGGACAUACAGGAUUAUUUGUUGGUUUUACAAUCAUAACAAUCAUCCAAUCUCUAUUUUUUCUAUUUAGAUAUAUAUAUGUAGAAAUGUCAAAAAUGAAACUUGAAAAUGUUAAUGGAAUAAAACUUUAA